AUGACGUCUGAAUCGACGACCGACCUUGCCCGUUCAUCGAAUGCUAUGGAUUCAGAAUCCCAAGCGACCCGGAACUCGCUCCAUAUGCAGGACGCUCAAGUCCCGGAGGCGUCCGAUGCCGACUCCUCCAAGCUAAAAUCACAACCCGGUCAAGUUCGUUUUUCGUCCGUCACGGAGGAGAUUGAACCAUCUGUGAAGUCCGUAUCGGCUCAGGAUCCUGCCCUUGAAGGGAAACCGUCUUCUUCGAUCGCGAACCAGAGUUCCGACGAAGAAAUACGCUCAUUGGCCGCUACCUUUCAACGUUCUCAGCUGCAGGAGUCGAGACUUCGGAACUUUUCCUAUGAGCCCGUCUCUUUGCCAUCUUCGAGGGUUGCUUCACGAGAAUCCAGCGAUCGCAGUGCUCAAGAAGCUAAUGGUUCCACUCCUCACUCUCCGCGCACUUCCCCACACGCAUCAGCCAUGCAAUCACCCCCUCUCACCCCCGCCGCUACCUAUUCGCACGACACCAAGACGAGUGAUAGUGGUGUCAGCAUCAAUGAAACCGACAAGGGGGGUCUGACUCAAUCAACCCCAAUGACUCCAGAGACUUCUCCGCCCGGUUCGACAGCGGAGAAGAAAUCGGCACCACGAAGCGCGCCAACUUCCCGGCCCUCAUCAACUGACCGUUUGUCCCAUAGACCAAGCGAUAUUUCACGCGAGUCUACAAAACGCCCGUCCGAUACAACCAAGCAUCAUCUGCAGUUCUUUGGCGCCGGUGCAGACGUGAAACACCAGGAAGACAGCCGUCCAUCCUCUGCACGAAAGAUCGAUACCGAAAGCUAUACUCCUCCCGGUGCCAUCACCCCGGUUGGUGAACCGAACGACCCUUACGCUCGCAGCAAGCGGCCCCCUCCACCCAAGAACCUUGCGCAACUUGAUCCUCGAUUCAUUUUCGGAAGUCGUGAUCUGAAACGCCGAGCACAGAGCCUUCGUCCCGGCACCCCGCGUUCUUCCAGCGCGGGAGACCUUAAGUCGAGCGACAAGCGAGGUCAUUUAUUUGGAGGUCACAAGAAGGAUCUGGGGCGGCAGGACUCAGAUGGCAGGCCUCAUGGCCAUAUGGCCGAGCUUAAGCGUUUAUUCAAAAUUGGUCACCACCGACAUAAGCGCAAUGACUCCCCCUCGUCGCCUUCCAAGAAGUCAAGCCGAUCGUCUGGCAAGAAUACCCCAUUCCAAAUGGCACCUGACAAUGUUCCGUUCGCCGAUGACCACGGUUUGAAUUCCAAGUACGGGAAGCUUGGAAAGGUGCUGGGGUCUGGGGCCGGCGGCUCCGUUCGUCUUUUGAAACGGAAUACCGACGGUGUUACAUUUGCGGUGAAGCAAUUCCGGGACCGCCAUAGUUGGGAGACCUUGAAAGAAUAUUCCAAAAAGGUGACGGCGGAGUUCUGUAUUGGGUCGACGCUACACCAUGGCAACAUCAUUGAAACUCUGGAUAUCAUCCAAGAAGGCAGUCAUUGGUAUGAGGUCAUGGAGUAUGCUCCGUUUGACCUGUUUGCCAUCGUUAUGACGGGCAAGAUGGCCAAGGAGGAGAUCGCUUGUUCGUUUAAACAGAUCCUCAGCGGUGUGGCCUACCUACACGGCAUGGGUCUGGCCCAUCGAGACUUGAAGUUGGACAAUGUGGUUGUUAACGAGCAUGGCAUCAUGAAACUUAUCGACUUUGGCAGUGCGGUCGUGUUCCGUUAUCCGUUUGAAAACGACAUUGUCCCCGCUUCAGGAAUUGUGGGCUCAGACCCGUAUCUGGCCCCGGAGGUCUACGACGAAAAAAAGUAUGAUCCACGGCCCACGGACAUAUGGUCAUUGGCGAUUAUUUUCUGCUGUAUGACUUUGAGACGAUUCCCCUGGAAGCAGCCACGAGUCAGUGAUAACUCGUACCGACUCUUCGUUUCGCCCCCAACGCCAGGGACUCCCGUCCCUGAUGCCGAACCUAGACGCCAUCGUCCAACCAGGUCUAACACUGAUCUUCCUUCUGUUACUCAUGACGAGCACAAACAAUCGCAGGCGAAUAAAAACGGAUCUUUUGGGAAGUCGGAUAACAAUCAAUGCUCGGAUCAACGAGAAUCGACAUCUGAACAAAACGAGAACCAACCCCCCGAGAGUCCGCAAGACAAGACUCCGAGUAAUGGCACCAGUAACGGCAACAAUAAGCCUACGCGCACCACGAGCAAAGAGGCACCCCCGCUUCCACCCAAUCAGCAGUCGAAUGCUCAACGUCAAGAGGUCAUCAAGGGCCCCUGGAGGUUGUUACGUAUUCUUCCACGUGAAAGCCGGUAUAUUAUUGGCCGCAUGCUCAAGGUUGCCGUGAGCCAACGGGCCACUCUGGACGAAGUCCUAAGCGAUGACUGGAUUCGGAACAUCCAGGUCUGUGAGCAAGACGAGAAGACGGGUGGCAUCGUCAAAGCAAACAACCAUACCCAUAUCUUGGAACCGCCCUCCCAUGCGCCUCCCGUUGCAAGCAAAGCUAGCAAGGCUGCGAAGGGCAAGUAA